AUGAUAUUUGCUGCCCGUCAACUUCAAGAAAAGUGCAGAGAACAGCACCGUGACCUCUACACGACUUUCGUCGAUCUGACGAAGGCUUUCAAUACGGUCAGUCGAGAUGGACUCUGGAAAAUCCUGGAAAAGUUUGGGUGCCCCACCAGGUUCACUGGAAUAGUUCGCCAAUUCCACGAUGGUAUGAUGGCCCGAGUUCUAGACGAUGGCGAACUUUCUGAGGCCUUCCCAGUGACCAACGGAGUCAAACAGGGUUAUGUCCUGGCUCCAACACUAUUCAGCAUGAUGCUGUUCAACCCCAGGAGACUGAAAGCCGUCACGAAGGUGAAAAAGACAAUUCUCAGAGACUUACUCUUCGCUGAUGACUGUGCCCUCAACACCGGCAAUGAACAUGAGAUGCAAGCAGAAAUGGACUGCUAA